GUGUUGUUAAUUUGUUAUUCGACAAUUUUUUGUGUAUCCUACGCUACAAUCGCCGUUUCUGGAUCGCGUAUGUGGUAUGUCAUGUCACCGAUUCCGAUACAUCUUUAGCGGUCCGCUCGCGGAGUGUGUUCGUUUCAUCUGUGAUCCCCACACCAAAAUUAUAUAAGUCUUUGGCCGAAGAUAACCAUGAACCCCAAUCAAUACUACCCGGACAACUCGUACUUCGUGUCCGACGACAAUCUCAACUUCCACGCCGGUUCGUAUUCCAACUACGAUCAGAGUUUUGACAGCUAUUCGCAACCAGCCCAGUUGAACCAGCCAGGGGCCUCGUCAUGGCAGCCUGCACCUACUACGAACUUUACCGGUGAGGAAGACGAACCUCCUCUACUUGAAGAGCUCGGCAUUGACCUCAACAAAAUUAUCAUUCGCCUGAUGCACUCGCUGGACCCGACUGGCAAGUGUGGUGUCGUGCUUGGUGAUUAUGACGUGAUUGGACCUAUUGCUUUGUACCUGACGUACACAUCGUUACUACUGUUGGCCGGUGGCAAGCUAAUGUUCAGCUACAUAUACGGAUUGGCCGUGUUAACAUCAGUGUGCAUGUAUGGCUUACUCUGGGCCAUGACUGAUUCGUCAGAAGUCACAUUGACGUCCACGUUUUCUGUUCUGGGAUACUCUUUUACACCUGUUGUACUGGUGGCGUUGCUUGCCGUGUUCGUUAACCUCAAGAACAUAUUUGGCGCCAUCAUCGUGUUGGCAGCUGUGGUCUGGAGCAGUAUGAAUGCAGCCAGGGUGUUUGUUGCCAUGUUCGGCAACUCCGAUCAGAAAUAUUUAAUGGCCUACCCGUGUGCAAUCAUCUGCGGUUUAUACACACUGUUUAUUUUGUAUUGAAAUUAUUAAUGUUCAUUAAUUUAAAUGUUACUUAUAAUUAUUAUACAUAUUUUUUUCUUUUAAUAUAUUUAUAUACGAUAAUA